AUGACCGUCAACCGCAUCACUCUCUUCAAGAUCCCCGAGGAGGCAGCCCGGGCCAAGCUGGUCGAGAUCUACAAGACCCUGCAGCAGCGGGCGCUCAAGGACGGCAAGCCGUACAUCCUCGGCGCCAAAGUCGGCAGCGCGUUCCCGGACCAGCGGUCCCAGGGGUACACCUUUGCCGUGCAGACGACGUUCGCGUCUGCCGACGACAUGGCGUACUACGACAGCGCGUGCUCCGCGCACGCGGAUCUCAAGAGUUACGCCAAGACUGUGAGCCAGGGAAACAUGGUCGUGUACUUUGAGAACGCGCUCGAGUAG